AUGUUAUUAUCUUUUAAUGAUGACAUUUAUAUUGGAUUGGAACAUAAUUGUACUCAAGACCCAUCAUGGCUAGCAGAUUAUGUAAUUGAAAAUUUAAUUGUUAUUCAACAAGAAAAAUGUAAACAAAAAUUUCAAUUAUUGUGCCUAUGCAUUAAAUUUGAAAUUGAAAAUGAUCGUUUAUUUCCAGACCUACCCGAAAUUCCAACUAGACGAAUUCUUCAUUUCAUCAAUGAUACGAUUGAUUUACAUUCGAUGCAAUCUGUCUUAAAAGUUGCAAAUGAUAAAUACAAAGUCGAUGAAUUGAUUGAUGCUACAAUAAAAUUAAGACAAUAUACAGCAAAUGAUAUUUUACAAUUAUGGGAAGAUUUCACACAUCAAAAUCAAUCGGUUGGCCCAAUUCUCAUAUCUAAAAUUAAUUAUAUUCGAUCAAAUUCAUUUUAUUAUGAAAUAGACAAAAUCUCAGACCAUUAUUCUGUUCGUUUGAUAAUAAUUGGAUUAGAACAUGCACGUUCUCGAUCAAAAGUACAUUUAAACUUACGUGUAGGAGAAUAUGGUAAUUCUUGUUUCACUGAUCAUAUGGAAGAAUUGUCUAUUCGAUAUGAAUCGGAUACUGAUGAACAGCGUUCAGUGACAUUCCUAGGUCCAGAAUUAUUUGAAUUUCAUAUAGACAAAUGGGGUUAUAUAUGUAAAGGAUCGACAUAUCUUGAUCGAGGUUCAAGUACUUCUUAUCAAUAUUCACCAGGUCUUCUCAUUUGCUUAUUCAUUAUGAUGGUCCAUCCUGAUUAUCGAGCACAAUUUAUCAAAUAUUUAAAAAGUCUUGAAAUUCGUUUAUUGAAACCAUUCUUGCUUAGCAAACAUUAA